UUUAAAAUUAUUCGGACAACCAAACGAAAACCAGAGAGAGAGAGAAAGAGAGAGAAGGUUUCAUUUUGUCGAUCCGAUCGGUUCUUCCUUCGUUCGUUCAUUCAUUCAAAUUCAAACUUCGGAUCAGAAAGAAUCUCAAUAAUUCCAAUUGUGGUUGGUCUUAAUAUAUUAUAUAUAGAAGCUACAAUGAAGAAGGCCUUUGAUCAAACUGUUAGGGACCUUAAGAGAGAGGUGAAUAAGAAGGUUCUUAAAGUUCCUGGGAUAGAACAGAAGGUUCUUGAUUCUACUAACAAUGAGCCCUGGGGUCCACAUGGAUCACUUCUUGCUGAUAUUGCACUGGCAACCAGAAACUAUCAUGAGUACCAGAUGAUCAUGGCAGUAAUUUGGAAGCGAAUUAAUGAUACAGGCAAGAAUUGGCGGCAUGUUUACAAGGCUUUGACAGUUUUGGACUACCUGGUAGCCCAUGGGUCGGAGCGGGUCAUAGACGAGAUCAGAGAACACGUGUAUCAGAUAUCAACGUUGUCCGACUUUCAAUAUAUCGAUUCCAGUGGAAGAGACCAAGGAAGCAAUGUCAGAAAGAAAUCUCAAAGUCUUGUAGUCCUAGUGAAUGAUAAAGAACGAAUAAUUGAAGUUAGACAGAAAGCUGCUGCAAACAGGGACAAGUUCCGCAACGCGUCGUCUUCUGGUGGAAUGUAUAGACCCGGGUCAUAUUCAAGUACAGGCGGAACUGGUGACAGAUUUGACGAUGAUCGUUACGAAGGACGUUAUGGAAGCAAGGAUGAUGAUCGGUAUAGCAGAAACGGGGACUCAUAUGGUAGAGAAAGGGAAUGGGGCUACAGAGAUGAUGAUAAAUAUGGAAGAAAUGGGGAUUCAUAUAGUCGUGAUGGUGAUCGUUACGGGAGAGAAUAUGAGGAUCGCUAUGGAAGAGAUGGUGACAGGGACGAUGAUUAUAGGGGAAGAAGUCAAAGUGUUGAUGGGAACCAAUAUGGCCAAAGAAGUAGAAGCUCGGAUAGAGAUAGAGAACGCUCUUUUGAUGAUGACGGGCAAUAUUCUUCUCGCAGUGGGGCCAGAGGUGAUGAUUCUCAGGAUGGAAGGCGGCUUGAUAGGAAAUUUUCUGAACAAAAUAUUGGUGCACCUCCUAGUUAUGAAGAGGCUAGCGAAUCUCGAAGCCCUGUUCACAGCGAAAGGGAUGGGGAAACUCCAGCAGCAGCUGCUCCUAGAGCUUCUUCUCCUGCAGCAAACAACCAUCCAAUUUCUUCACCGCAACCAGGGAGCACUCAGAAUCAUCCAAGCCAACCACCAAAUGUUCAUGACACGUCUGUAUCUCCUGCAAACCAGGAAGUGCAGGCUACCGAUGAAUUUGAUCCACGUGGUGCAGUUUCAGCUACACCAGCUCAUGUAAACAGUGCCGAGGUUGACUUGCUUGGUUCCUUGUCACUGGCCAUUGUUCCAACUGUAUCUACCUCUGCCACCUCUGAAGCUGAGUCUCAAGCACCGACUUUCGCAGCAGCUCCGGUAUCGUCUAAUGUCACGAAUCAGCACUUUGAAGACCCGUUUGGCGAUGCUCCUUUUAAAGCCAUACCUUUGGACACUACCCAAGCUCUACCACAGACUUCCACUUCCAUCCACACUACGCAUGCUGGAGUCCCGAAUGCGAAUGCAGGAUCUGAUUUUGGUUUUGGGGACUCAUUAUCUGGCUUAACAUACUCGGCUCCCAGUUUCUCUUCUGUCCAAACUCCUCCAAUGAACUCAGAGUUUUUACCUCAAGAGCUCUCUACCGCACACCAGAACACUGAUAUUCUUGCAGAUAUUCUCCCGCCUUCGGGGCCAUCACCUGCCAUAACUGCACAGCCGCCUUUUUCAGCUCCAGCAGCCCCACCUGCACAGCCAGGCGCUAAUGAUUUCAGGAAUUAUCAACCACAACCGGGAUCCAUCGUUGCUGUUCCAUCAAAUAUGGUUCCUCAGACUCAAAGUGGUCCUGCUGGACAACAUGGGAAUUAUCUCUCACAUGCACCUACUGCUCCGCUGACCUCGCAUGUGGUUCCUCAAACACCAACUGGACCAACCGUACAAUUUAAUAGUGGAAAUUUUCUCCCACAAGGACAAUUCGCGGCUCCAAACAAUGGAAGCUUCUAUCCUCAACAGGGAGCAUCAACAGUUCCCGUGACUUCUCACACAGUUCCACAUUCUGCAGUGGGACCAGCUGGACAGCUUAACACUGGGAACUUCCUUCCCCAACAGAGUUCUGCUCAUCAAGUUGUUUCUUAUCAAGCAUCAAGCGGACCGGCUUUGCAGCAAGGCAAUGAUCUUCUGGGUGGCCUUCUUCCGCAAACGGGACAAAAUCCACCUUCAGUUGCACAACAAGUUACUCUUCCAUCUUCAACAGUAACACUAAUGAGUACUAAACCAGCCGAUGACAAGUUUGAGACAAAGUCAACAGUCUGGGCUGAUACACUGAGCAGAGGACUCGUUAAUUUGAAUAUCUCGGGAUCCAAAAUAAACCCAUUGGCGGAUAUAGGGAUAGAUUUUGAUGCCAUUAACAGGAAAGAAAAGAGGAUGGAGAAGCCUGCUGCAACACCAGUAACUUCCACUGUGACGAUGGGCAGGGCAAUGGGGUCUGGUUCUGGGAUGGGCCGUGCUGGCGCAAGUGUGCUCAGGCCUCCACCAAACGCUAUGAUGGGUUCAGGUAUGGGCAUGGGUAUGGGAAUGGGUGGUGUUCCUGGUGUCGGUCUCUAUGGAGGCAUGAACCAACAGCCUAUGGGAAUGGGAAUGGGCAUGAAUAUGGGUAUGGGACAAGUUCCUCAGAUGCAACCUCCCACCGGGUUCCCACCUGGAUCGAAAAUACCUGGCACUUAUAAUCCUAUGAUGGGCACGGGUGGUUAUGGUCCUCAACAGCCAUAUGGCGGUUACCGAUAAGAUUGAACCGUGAAAUCAGUCAAUACUGUUCCUUUAAGGUUUGGCUUAGGUUGCGUUCCUCGUGGAAUCUACCCGCGUUUGGUGGCCACAGGUGUAAUUUUUGAUGGGUAGUUGCAAAAUUUUCUGCAUGGCCUGAUUUGGUGUAUUUUUUCUUUUCUGUCUUGAUUGUUUGCCUUGCCCUUUUCUUUUUUUUUUUGGGUCACGAGUUUAUAGAUAGCUACUUUUGCCAAUGUCAGCGGUUGUGUUGUUGUGCCUUAUUAUUUUUUUCUCCUCUUUUUUGGCCCCCUAUAUAUAUAUAUUUUUGGUCACGUGUCAAAGAUUCAUAACAA